GGAGGACUGUUUGCACGCGCUGAAGUCCUACUUGAAGAAGGGUGAAAAGGGAGGUAAUGGAGGCUGUUUGAUAAGAGACUUUUCUUUUUUUGUUGUUUUUGUUGUUGCGGAGAAUGCGAAGAGGAGGCAAAUGCAGGGAAGGAGCUGAGGACUAUGUAGGAAUUCCUGACUGAAGUCAUGCUCCUGGACCAAAGUGUCUCCCGUUACUAAGGAAAAGUAAAGCUGCAUGAAUUUGAGCCCGUCGGUGCCACUCUGUUUGUUGGUGCCAUGCGGGCUGAAGACACAGUUGAAAAAUGUAGCUUGGCAGCCAAGAGAGCGGAUAGGAAACAGAAGCGAGCAUCUGAUGGUUCGGAGGCGAUGGAGGAUUGUGUGCAGGGGGCGCUCUCAUCGCUUUACCCUCCUUUUGAGAGCACGGCACCACCCCUCCUCUCCCAGGUCUUUUCCGUCCUGGAGUCGACUUAUCAACACGACAGCCUUCGCUACCUCCUGGACUACUUCGUUCCUGCCAAGCACCUCCUGCACAAACUCCAGCAGCACGCCUGCUCUCAGUACCUCGGCUGCUUGUUCCUUCACUCCGGCUGGCCUCUGUGUUUAGGCGAGAAAGUGGUCGUACAGCUCUCCACCCUGGACUGGAGGAUCCUGCGCAGUAAUGACUUCUACCUGCAGGUGGUGCCCUUCUCUACACGCUGCCCCCGGCUGGCUUUAAAAUGUCUGGCCCCUGGGGGGCGCACCAUUCAGGAAGUCCUGGUACCCGAGUCACAGCACCCCCUUGUGUUCACCACUGAGUGGCUGCACAGCGUGAACAAAGAACGGGGCCACAAGAGAGAACUUGGAGGAGGACUUGACACCUGCCUGGUCAGUACAUGUGACGGAGUGGUUCGACUUCCGUGGAAGGAGGUCGUCUACCCAAAAUUCAUCCACGACCCUUCUGAGGAGCUGGGCCUGAUGUCAAACCAGGAGGGCAGCAAAUCCAACCGCCUGCCCAGUGAGGGGGGCAGCAGCCUCGGGGGCUGGGGUGGCUCAUCCUCCGGAGAACUGGACUCCUGGUCCUGGGAUGAGGAGGAAGACGAUGGUUUACCACCAGACAGCUUGGACUCCGAGCCUGCGCUUCCCCGGAGAAGGCGCAGCGAAGAUGGUCUCGGGCGGACAGCGAGGCACCCUCAGCUGGACGGGGACUAUGUGGAGCUGUUGGAGCCCAGACUGGGUCCUGAUGGAGGGGUUGACACAAGGCAGAGGUACCUGGAGAUGCAUGGGAUUAGUAAGACCAAGACUUUGCCCCUGUGCAGGAGAGGUAAAGCCAUCAAACUCCGGAAGGGGAGGGCUUGGGGAUAUGGGAGACUUGAAGGGUCAGGAAGCUUUCGAGCUGCCAAAAGAGAUGUAGUUACCCCAAAAGGUGACAUUUUACCACAUAGGCCUCCACCAGGAGUCCCUGCACCUGGCAAAGGGAGGCGAUCUUACUCCUCUUCUGUCCACGACUCUGAUGAAGGAGAUAAAACCAGCAGAGACUCUGAGGGCCUGGAAAGCCAACGGCCUUAUUUUGACAGCCUCAAAGAGAGGAGGCCCGGCGUGGGCAAGGAGAGAGAUAGCAACAGCCUCAUGCAGCCGUGCAGAGACAACCACAGGGGUAAAGACUCCGAUAGUUCUGUCCAUGACUUGACGAACCACAAAGUUGAGCAUGUCAUAGAGGGCCACUCAGAUCACGGAUCUCAUUCAGACUCUGUUUUUGAGGAUACAGAUAAACCACUGAGCGGAGACAGUGAUGCCACAACCCCAACAUCAGACGCACCAGAGAGACCCUUCACUGGAGUUUCAGACAGUGGAGAAAAUACCAACAUUGGAUCUAAAAUGAAGAAUUCGUCCAACCCAAAGGUGAACGAGAAAAGGGAUGACGGAAAGACUGAGGAAGGAGUUUGUCCCAGAGGAAAGGAAGUUAAAACUGCAGGAUUCAGAGCACCACGGAGGAAAAGGAAGGGAAAGGGGGCCAAAAGGAGGGCUAGGUCUGGUGGUCGUGCACACCAAAAGGGAUCAAAACCGCAAGGUAAAGCUGUUCAGCCAAGUCCCACCACCGGCUCUGCUUUGACAAAGCUGCCAAUCACAGAGGAGAACCAAUCGAAGCAAAGAAAACAGGCAGACCAACCUGACGGAGUGCCACCUUCAACUCUUGAGGGGACAGAGGACACAAGGAAAAGCAGUGCAGAGAAAGAAGCCAAAUCUUUGCCUGUCUGCAACGGCCAAUCAGGCACAUCCUUACUUAACCACUCCAAUGAGGAGGCAGGCUCAGGAGAGUCAUGUCCCGACCAACUAAAUGGUGUUACAGCUAAAGAUCCUCCCCUGCUGAGGGAACUGGACACAGAGCUUCUCCAGUCAGGGAAGCUAAAGUUGACAGGUACAGUGGACAGGCUGGGACGCGCUCUGGUGGUCACAGAAACAGAUGCAUCCGAGGAGAGCUUCUCUGAGGAGCAGAUGGCCCGGGUCCUGGCCUGCUACCACAGAAUCACUCGGCCUACAGCCAAAGAAAAAGGUCUCACAGUGUUAAUGGACAGCAGACGCUCUCCGCCCUCCACCCUCUGCCUCUCUGCUCUUAAAUUGUUCCAGGUGUCGGUUCCUGGCGGUCUUGGAUCUGUUCUGGUUUUGGUGGGAGAGCAGCAGGAGUCCCUUUCUCAUGAUGUGGAAGGAGCAGAGAUCCACAUGGUGCGAGGAACAGCUGUCCUUCAGCAAUAUGUUGACAAGCAGCAGCUGCCCAAAGAGAUGGACGGAGACUUCCCCCACUGCCACUCAGACUGGCUGGCCUUCAGACUAAGCCUGGAGAGUCUGACGGAGCACUGCGAGAGUGCCAUCGCACUCCUCGGAGAAGCACUGCGGUCUAUGGACACUGAGCCGAUGCCAGACGACAUCAAGGCUGUUCCUUUGAGCAUCGACAAACACAGACAGCUCAUGGCGAGCGUCCUGGCCGACCCACGCUUAACGGAACCGCAGCAAAGGGGCGGGGCAUGGCUCGCGGGACUGACCAAUAGUGCAACUGGACUGGCACAGAAGUCCCCAGACUGCAGGGCUGCUCUCGCCACGACUUCUAAACUCUAUGACAGCGUGGAUGACGCCCUGCACCGGCUCGUCCGAGUGUCCAACCAGAGGGGUCGCGACCUGGAAGCUCUGGGACGACUAGCGGGGCUGGUGGACAAACUGGAAAAGUGUGAUAAGGAGAUUGAGCAAGUCCAGUCACAGCUGGAAGACUACAAGGACCCUCCUCUGUCUCUCAGCAGACUCUCGCUCAAACAGCAGAAAUUCAAGACAUUCAGAGAAACGGCCAACGAGCUGCACAGCGAGACUCUGUCGGUGCUCAGCGAUAUGGAGGGCUGGUGCGAGCUGGACUGGGCGGGCCUGAGGGCCGUCCAGAUCCGACUUCCCCCGGUCAGGGAGAAGCUGAGAGACAUGUCCCACUGUCUGUCUGACUGCUGGACCACCCUGGACAACACACAGAGGCUGCUGUCCACGCUGACCGAGGCCACCCAGUGGUGCGAGGUGGUCUUCUCCACCUCCUCCUCCCCCUCUUCCACCUGCCCUCUCGCCUCCCUCCCUCCGAUCCCGCCGUCCCGGUUCCAGGACGCCCGUUCCUUAGCCAUAGAGCUUGGCGGCGGGGCGCUCCUGGAUCUCUGGACGCAGACGGUGGAGCGCUACCAGCGGACCGUGGCGCAGGUCAAACCCCGGUUCCUCCAGACGGACAGGGCCCAGAAUCAGAGCCAGGGGAGGCCGAAGACGCCGUCUGCCACCAGCCUGUGGGACCUGAUGGGUCCUGAGGGGGAGGGCGACUGGGGAUUGGGAGCUGGAGGAGGCGACGGGGGGAUGCAGUCUUGGGGAUCCCUGGCAUCGCUGUUCAGACCGCAGACCUGCUCCACACUGAAGAUAGGAGAGGAGAAGGGGAAUAAGAAGGAGGGAGCAGGGGGAGGAGGAGUGGGCGGAGCCGGAGGAGGGAAGUUCCUGCAGAACCUUCUGAAUCCUACGAAGAAGAGCCCCACAGAGGCCCCGCUCCCUUCCAAGCCGCCCAGGAAGCGCCACCCGAGCUUUGACCUCCAGGCUCUCCUGGCUCCCCGCAGAGGCACGGCCUCCCCCAAGCCUGCCGAGUCCCCGGUGGGCGGGGUGAGCCGCAACUCCCCCAUGUCCUGGCUGGGGAGGCGGACGGUAGCUGACCCAGUGAUCGCCACUAGCAUGGCUGCAGCCAUCCCUGGAUGGGGCGCAGGAGGAGGAGGAGGAGGAGGAGGAGGAGGGGUGUUAAUUCGAGGGGUGGAAGUCAGCAGCAAGGAGGUGGUGGACCACACGGGGUCACCACGUCAACACGUGCUGCUGGGGAGGACGGAGAGGGAGACGGGGACGGAUAGGGCCGGAUCAACUGCACAGAGUAAACUCUACCUGCUCUGGUGCAGGAUGCUGAGUUCAGAGAGGCAGUAUGUGGCCAUCCUGAAGGGGGUGGAAGAGACGUACCUCCCCUUGCUGGAGCUCUCAGACACCCCGGCCUCCGUCAGGGGGAAGGCGGACACCCUCUUGCCCAACUGGGCCAGCCUCAGCGCCUUCCACUCGCAGAACCUGCUCCCUGCCAUGGAGGGCGCUCUCGUGCAGAGCUUGUUGCAACAGGACUGCUUCAGCAAAUAUCGGGAGCAGUUUCUGCAGUACUCCCACUACAUCAGGAACAAACCAGAACUGGACUCUCCGCUGGUCACUCAGGCUGCCGACUUCUUUAAGUCCAAACUGCCCCCGGCCUCCCCCCUCUCCCCCCUGUCCUUCCCGCACUGUCUCCAGGCUCCCACUCAAAGACUGGAGCAGUACUGCGAGGCCCUGGAGGAGCUGGGUGGGAUAAACCCCGCCUCCGACUCCGCCCUCUCCAUCCUGAGACACGCUCAGCGGCACGGCGAGGACCUCAGGGCCAGCGACCUCAUCGUCGGAUGUCCGAUCUCGGUGGCGGAGCGCGGCGAGCUGGUGCGGCACGGCGAGCUGACGGUGUGCGGGGGGCCCCGGAGGAAGCGGUCGGGCGUGAGGAACGUUUUCCUCUACCAGCACGCCGUCAUCUUUGCCAAACAGAAGAGCCCCGGCCCGGGACGCACCGCCUACAGCUACAAACACAGCAUCAAGACCGGCGAGAUGGGUCUGACUCAGAGCGUGGGUGGGGAGGGAGUGAAGUUCGAAGUUUGGGUCCGGCAGGCUCCUCGAACCAGAGACUGCGUCACGCUGCAGGCGAAGGACAGGGAGGACAAGGCGGCCUGGACUCGUGACAUCGCCCAUCUGCUGUGGACACACGCCAUCAACAACACGGAGUUGUGUCUGAAGGAGUCCCUCUGCAUGGGGAUCUCCAGUAAGCUGCUGCUGGACGCGACAGGGACUCAAGGCUCAGAACUGGACUCCAUCUACAGUCUUAACGACAGAGUCCACAGUAGCUGCUCAGACUCCUCCUCUGUCGGCAGUCAGAAGGAGGGGGGAUCCCCGGCGUCUGGGAGGGACCCCAGAAGAAGCUCCGGAUCAACAAGUUACUCCCAGAGUCAGUCUCCCUCUACAGCCGUGUAACUGUCAUCUCAAUGAGAAAACUGGACCCUGGACCUUUUUGUUGUUGUUGUUGUUUGAAGAUGUACACAUCUCUAUUCCACCUCUGGGACAAGCCAAACUGGACUUCCAGGAGCAAGAAGACAAAAGAGAGAGAAUCUUUUUGAACUUCACCCACAUGCUUUGCCCUCCUUACCCCUUUUUCCCCCCACCUUUCCCCUUCACCUCCUUACAACAAAUAAAAUGCCAGCAGAUUAGCCGAAAGCGGCUGCUUCGCCUACAUUCUAAACCUCCCGGCUCUGAUAUGAACCCCACGGGAUAAAAGCUGCCUCCAAAAAAGAAAAGAAAAAGGAUCAAAACUGCUCUGUUCAAACCAUGACAAGCACCAGCGGGGCUCUCCGCCGCUCUCCGCCAUUUUGGAUCUUGCCAGUCUCAGUUGCUGGCAGAGUCAUUGACACCAAAGGCACUUCAGCCACACAGUGCGACCAUUGUCUGCCCCGCGGCUCCCCACUAGGCCAAACCACUUGGUCUGAACCACUGACUGCCCCGCUGGCUGACUGUACGCAUCACAUGCUCCAUCAUCUGAUAAUGAACAGGAAGUAAUAUGCAGGGGCGUAAAUCCACCGUCGGAUUGCAGAUUUGGAAUGUAUUAUGUACUUUGUCAUUUUCACAACGCCGAUUGGAAUACUGUAGGCUUUUUUUUUGUUGCCUCUUGCCUGCGUAAAAAUGCGUGGCAUUGCUUAGGUGUGAUUGCAUCUAUGUAAAUGAGGCAGGGGUGGUGUGAGCACACACACAGUGUCCCUCAACAUGCAGUCAUUCUUAUUGUUAUAAGACAGUGGAGCUCUAUUCACGUCCACAUGCUCACACACACCCUCGCUGUGGCCGCUUUAGAGCCUGGUACAGCGGCUAAAUCAACAGCAGGCAAGGUUACAUCUGAUCACACACACAGUAAGCUCUGACGGUGUCAUAACUGGCUGUUUGUUUAAGCUAAUGGUGUGGUAUUAACAGUGGCAAGGACUUAAGGCGAAAUGGUAUUUAGUCUUUAAAGUAUAACUUAAGUCCACAACGCAAGCUUCUUGGUGCUUUUUGAUACUAUACCUUUUGAUAUAAGUUCCAUAUUCUAAGUGCCAAAGGUAUAAAAUGGGUGUCUGUGCAAUGUUGAUGUGUCUACAAAGAUGCGUUGUCACAUUUAGUCAGAACUUUCCCCCGAUCUCCAUAAAAUGGCGAGAGGUGGAUCCGUUCGAUGUGCUUUAUUCUGGUUUUACUGGUUUCUGUGCUUGCGGCCGGAAGACAUGAAUUACAUUAUUCUUAAAGAGUUCAUUUUUUGCUCAAAGAAAGAACGGUUUCCGUGUCCCCGAAAUGUCUCGUCUCAGCCUCUGGUUGAGAGUUUUUUGAGUUUCAAGAUGACAGUCUGAAGACGUCUGAGUGACGUGUUCAAAGCCGAUUGCGAUGUCAGGGGGAUUAUUCUAUCUUAGAUUUUUAAAGGAAUAGUUUGACAUUUUGGGAAAUAUUGUCACCGUCUUUACCAGGACUUAGUUGAGAAGAUAGCAUAGCUUAGCUUAGCAUCAAUAUUGGAUACAGCUAGCCUGCCUCAGUCCAAGGGUGACAACAACUACCUGCCUGUGCCUCCAAAGAUCCAACUAACACCAAUCAACACAUUAUGUCCUGUUGUUUUAUCUGUAGAAGUAAUGACAGCUCGUGGGUGGGCACAGUAACUUCCCGGAGUCUUAUCGUCACUGUGAGGUUGUGAGAAAAACAAAUCAAAUUAUGUGCCCCCUGAAAACACUACAUUUCAUUUUCACAUUUGUUUUUUUGUACAAGUUAAACAAAUUAGAUAUAACAUGUUUUUUGAUGAGUUUAAGAGGUGCUGGAAGGCAGAUUUGGGUUAGUUAGAGCUAGGCUAACGGUUCCCCCUGUAGUCUGUGUGUGCUAAGCUAAGCUAAGCUAAGCAUCUGCUGGGGGUAGCCACAUAUUGACAUUAGAAUAGAGAGCAGUAUCAAGCUUUCCACCCUUCCAAAGAAAGUGAAUGAGGGCAUUUCCCGAAAUGUUGUAAGUUUUUCUUUAAGAUAUAUCUCAAAACUAACGAAACACGUGACAAACAUAACUUCCACUUGCGAAACACCAACUGAACCGUUUCCUACUCUGUCAGACUCAGUAGUCGUGAGUCUGUUAGUAGAAACACAUGUGACACUGUAAUGCUUGUAACAUGAAGGCUACAACAUAUCUGGAACCUAUUGUUUUGUGUUAUGAUGCAGCCAAAACAAAAAGCUAUCAAUAUUUCACAUAAUGAUGUAGUUCAUAUUUUAUGAAGGAAAGCAUAUACAGCCAGUAAGACCAAUCAUCAGCCAUGACGGGAUAGCAUGUGUUUCAGUAUUAAACAAUAUAAGACGCUUAAGGUACAAUAUGAAACCAUCAGGUAGCGGGUUAAGCUCGCCGCUGCAGACGGCUCCGGCAUCAGAUCGUUGCCGUUAUCAGAUUUAGCACGUUUCACAUCUGCAUUUAAAUUCAAAAAAAAUUGCAAAUGGCUAUUGAGCCGUUUCUGAAUCAAUAUCUAAUUUGUUGGCUCGGAGAAGGCCCCAGCACACUCCGGAGCCUUAUUGGAAGCGAUGUAAUGAACACCAUCGUUCAUUCUUACCGCAGUAUGGAUUGUCAUAUGCAGAACCCCCCCCCCCCCCCACGUUUGUAUGCCGUGGGAGAGACGGUAUUAAUGUAUAGAAACUCUCCUCUCGCUCGCUUCCUACGACACACUCUGCCUGAUGUUUACAUGUUUGGGGGGGAGGAAUGUCGAACGUGGAAUGUUGGAAAUGCAUGUUAUGCUUACUUGAUAAUUGUACUGUGUUUUUUUUUUUUUUAACUUUUCUGUGUUGAAUUAAAACUGGAUCCAA